UACACCGUCGUCAUCGGUAUCCACCGAGUCACAGCCCAGAAGACAGACGAGCUCCUCGCCGGGACCCCCUUCAAGCUAGCAGCCAUCCUGGACCUGACAGAGUCGCCUGGCACCCUCCAGUACUCGCCGCAGAACCUCGCCGUCGUCCUCAACGCCCUUUAUCCGAGGCCUCGAGUCCUCAUGACCGGCACUGCCAUCCCGGACGACAUGCUGCCGGCUAUCGAGGCGGCUUGGGAGGAAUAUGUACAGCGCUGGAGCGUGGACGGGCUGUGGUUGGCUAUGAGCAAGACGCAUCCUAGCCCUGGGGGACCGCCGCCUCCGGGGGCGCUGGAGUAUGCGAUGGAGACCCUGAAUAAGAGAUUUCAGAAGUGAUUUGAUGGGCAGUGAAGCGAGUGUAUUGGGGCGCGAAGUACAUUCAAGGCGUGCUCUUGUUGGUGCGAGAAGGGAAAUCCUGGGAGAAGGGCCAGCAUGACAAGGUUGUGGUCUGAAUCAGAUGAAUGAGCUUGAUUGUUGUGACAAAUCAA